AUGAGAAAAUCAAGAGGAAUUCAUUUUGAUAAUACUCGUCGUCUGACCGGCAAACAUGAAACAACUUCAUAUAAAUCCUUUUCUUCUGGUAUAGCACUACAACCCGUUAGUAUUCGUAUUCCACGUCAAGUCGAUGAAGAUCAGUAUGAAUAUUACGAAGAUAGACGUCCAACUACGAAUUAUGAUCCGUAUGUUGUCACAGAUAUUCUUGUGAAAACUGCUUAUUUGGAUCAUACUGGAGAAUGA